GAUUAGACAAUGAUAUGCUUUAUGUUUGGUUAAACCUAAACAAACAACUUCAUCGACCAGUGAGAAUCGAGUUUAUGGUAAGCUAACGAUAAGCCCAAAGUGUCUAAUGUAGGAGGAAGAGGAAGCUGCUAACGAUCAGCAAAACCAGACGCAAAGAGGUUGAUGUCGUCGACGGUGGAGCACGAUUACAUAGGUCUGUCGGAGCGGAACUCCUCUGCCGGCGGAGUCGAGGGAGGGGUUCUGAACCUCAAGGCCACGGAACUCAGGUUGGGGUUGCCUGGGUCGGAGUCGCCCCACCGCGUGGAGAAGAUCGGGCUCACCCUGGAUUUGCUCCCCAAGAGCUACGUCUCCGGUGCCAAGAGGGGGUUCUCCGACGCCAACGAUGGGGGCGGGACGUGGGGAUUUGCCGCCGAAGGUGGCGGAUCUGAAGUGAACUCGGUAAAAGGUGGCGGCUUGUUUUCGGGGAGAGGGGAGGUUGCGGCCGGUGGCAGUGCAGGGCAGCUUUCUGGGCAAGGGAAUGUGGGGAAGGACCUAGCGGUGAAAGCGGCUGGGCAGGAGCGGAAGGUCACCCCGAAGGGCUGUGGUUCUGUUGGGAAUGAUAGUCCGGUAGCUCCUGCAGCGAAAGCACAGGUGGUUGGUUGGCCACCAAUCCGUAGUUAUCGGAAGAAUACUAUGAUUACAAAUCCAUCUAAGAUUAAAGAUGAUGCUGAUGGAAUACAAGGACAAGGGUGUCUUUAUGUGAAGGUUAGCAUGGACGGAGCUCCUUAUCUGAGGAAAGUUGAUCUCAAAAUAUACAAAAACUAUAAGGAACUUUCAUCAGCACUUGAGAAAAUGUUCAGCGGUUUCACAAUUGGUCGGUGUGAUUCUCAUGGAAUACCAGGCAGAGAAGAGUUAUCUGAGAAUCAUUUGAUGGAUCUCCUGAAUGGUUCCGAGUAUGUCAUUACUUAUGAAGACAAGGAUGGAGACUGGAUGCUUGUCGGUGAUGUGCCAUGGGCGAUGUUCACAAACUCAUGCAGGAGGUUGAGGAUCAUGAAAGGUUCAGAUGCUAUUGGACUUGCCCCAAGGGCCCUGGAGAAAUGCAAGAACCUGAAAUAGACACAUUAUCAUGGACACAAUAAUCAGAUAGUUGUAACUGUAUUUGAGAAUGGAAGUUGAAAGGGUUUAGUUAUCAAUUGUUUUAUAUAGCUUAUGCUUUGUGGCUUGCUGUUCUGAAUGGACUAUUUAGGCGUGUUACUACAUUCCGAUGCUUAAGUCAGGACCUAAGUUUGUUGAACUAUGCUUGCUUGAGUUUCUGUGAGUUUCCCUUGUAAUUGUAAUAUAAAUGCUUGGAUUGCUGUUUGCGACUGGUUA